AUAAACAUGUACCAGAGGGACAAUGUUUAUAUAAUAAAAGUAUCUCACAUGAACAUUGCGUAUUGACUUGGUUUUGUUUUAUAGAAUAAGUGCAUAUUUAAUUUUGGUAGCUACUUUAAUUCUUAGUCUUCCAAGUUUCACAAACUAAUAUAACUUUCCAAGUUUCACAAACUAAUAUAACUAAUGUGGUUUGUGUGGAUUAUAAAGUAUUUUGAAGAAAUAAAUAUAACUAAUGUGGUUAAUAUGGGUUUUGUGGGUAAACCGCUGUGGGUAGUGGUUAACUACUAACCACAAAAAUAAAUAUUUUGCUACUCACACCCAACCCACUAUCUACAAAUUGUUAGUAUGAGUAUCCACAAAGUGUGAAGUUUGGCAACCAAACUUCCCCUACUAGGUUUUGCAUUUUGAGAAAAAUCACACGAAUUAUUGUUUUCUCAUGAAGCCAUCAUAUGGGCCUUGUUUUUACUGGGCACGGAUUGUCUAAACGGGCCUUAAUUUUCCGGACAUAGUAGAGAUUCGGCCUCGAAAGAGAAUGUGGGAUGGUGCUGAAGUAAACCCGAAGGCCCCAACCGUCGAUUUUUCCCAUGCUAAUUCUUCCGAUUGGUCGGAAUUUCUAACAAACGCAACCUUUUCAGUCAGUAUAGCUUAUUUUGGAAUAUUUAUAGCCUCUUCUUUAUAUAAGCCUGUUUAUUCAUCAUUUCAAAAUUUGAACUUCUUUAAUUCGUUUGCUAAAAAAGGUCUUAAAAGAGUUCUUAGGGAUAAAAUAUUACAUGUUAUAUAUGAUUGGUCCUAUAAUCGUGGUUACAUAGAUACCUUUUAUGAAAAAUCAUUAAGUGAGGGGGUAAGAACUUGCCACUCUCUUGGUAAUCCACCACAAAACUGCUCACAUUUAGCUGGAUUUGAGGCUAAUCCAGACAGCUGCUUGAAUCUUUCCAGAGCCCUUUGGAUACAUUGGAGACCUAAAUUGGAACCAUCUGUAAUAGAAAUCGUGGAUCAGAGAGUGAUCGGGAGUUAUCAUCUGCAGCAGAUAGAUAGAUGGGCCCAAGCGAGCGAGUAAGCGGCACAAGCUCUUGCUUGAUAUGAUCGAGGAGAUAGAUUAGUAUCUUGCAUGGUUGCACCAACAGAGCCUCUCGCAUGCUCCUGAACAGUCGACCAAAUAAGAGUUCUGUAUUUAUUCGCAAGAUCACUUUUAACCCUAUAGGCGUCUUCUCCUGCUUUUAAAAAAGGCGUUAACUUCCUCGAUAUUCUAAAUAUUUUUGUCGGUGAGAUAUUUUCCUCCCCGAUGGUCUAAACCGGGUAUUCACUCGCUUUCAAGUCUACGAUUGUUGGGUCUUCAUGCAAUGCAUAACGGGCGGGCCUCCAACUCAAUGAAUGAAGGGAGGAGUCAAUUGAAUAAGCACUUCCCUCAGAAUUCGUCGAACUCGAAAUAAGAGGCUUUGCCUUGGUCUUUAUUGCGCACUCCCUGUUGUUCUGUUUCCGCCACGAGAAAGACGCACGGAAGAGAUAUGCCCAGCGCGCGGAGGAUCCGUUGAGACUUUCUGUUGUCUCGGUAGGGAACUGUAUGAUCUUUUCCCACCGCGGUCGAAAAAGCGUGUUCCCUUCAGAUAACACGCACCGUAGACCAUCCUCGGCCUUCUUCGUUUUCGAUGAAAAGGUCGGUUCGCCAAGUCUCGUUAAAACUUAAAACUGCUCUUAUUAUCUUCUCUCAUCUCACUUUCCACGGGGAACAAGAGAGAGAGAGAGAGUGAACUCUUGGAAACCCUAGCCAUGGAUCGUUCCGCCUCCGAUAAGGAUAAAUCGACCAAGCGGUCGCGCGACGAGCUUGAUCGUGACUCAGGCAGGGACCACCGCGAUAGGGAGCACAAACACAGAUCGAGGGACAAGGAUCGAGAUGGCAAUUCUUCCUACCACCGCCGUUCGGAGCGAGAGGAAAAGCAUCGCGACGGAGACCGCUACCACCAUCGCAAGUCGUCAAGGCGCGAGGAUCGGGAGGGUUCUCGUGACCGGGAAACGAAGCGAGAGCGGUCGGUUGAUUUGAGGGGAGAUGAUCGAGAAGGCAGCAGGGAGAGAGUUGAUCGGUCUCACGACCGUCGGAGGCGAGAUGAAAGGGAACGAUCCAGGGAGAGGUCGUACGACGGGAGGGACGAGAGGGAAGGGAGUAGGGAUAGGCACGAUAAUAAGCUGCGGGAGAGAGAAGUGAAGCGUGAGAGAUCGUAUGAUGAAAGCAAAGAGGGGGAUGACGUUUCGAGAAGGAAGAGGAAGGAUAGAGAAGACGGCGGGGAUGAAAGGGAGAAGAAGGAAGCGAAGGUAUCGGAUGGGAAGAGGGAGAGGAGACGAUUUGGGGAUAAAGUCAAGGAAGAGGACGAUGUUGAUAAUGGGGAUAACUCGCGGGUUCCUGAUAAUGCUACAAGAGGUGAAUUUAGUGAGGUUAAGGUGAAAGAGGAAGUGAAUGACGAGUCAAUAGCUGGCGGUGGCACCGUCAAUGGUGGAUUUCCAGCUGAUAAUGGUGCUUCCUCCGGAUCAUUGACUAGAAGCAUUGCUGGAUCCUCUGUAGCUCCUGACUUUUCUGUUCCUAUCAAGGUAUCUUCAAUUUCAAACAAAACUGAAAAUAAGGGAGUUAGUAUUACCAGAUCUCAUGAGGUUCCUGGAAAAUCUAGUACAGAUGGGACAUCAUCGACUGCCGGAAAAAGUGGAAAUUCAUCCCUUGAUGUAUUAGCAAAAGCUAAGAAAGCCAUAGAAAUGAAGAAAGAGUUGCAAGAGAAGUUGAAGAGGAUGCACAUGUUGACCAAGACAAAUAUUUCGAGUUCAGAUGGUACCAACAUUUCACGGGCCAAAGAUGGUUUGAAAGUUCCAUCUUCUACUCCACAGGGAGUGGGUGCAUUAUCCACAACAGCCACAAUCGGUGUUUCAGCUACUGCUGCGACUCCGUUGGUGCAACCUGCUAGCGGUUUGCUCCCAAUUCCUGGUCUUAAUAGCACACCUAACUAUGAAGCUGUCAGACGUGCACAAGAGCUUGCGGCAAAGAUGGGCUUCCGUCAGGAUCCUGAAUUUGCUCCACUUAUUAAUAUGUUCCCUGGACAGAUGCAGACAGAGGCUGCUGUACCACAGAAGCCGAGUAAGGCUCCUGUUCUCCGGGUAGAUGCACUAGGCAGGGAAAUAGAUGAACAUGGAAAUGUUGUGAGUGUGACUAAACCAAGCAACCUCAGCACACUCAAGGUGAACAUCAACAAGCAGAAGAAGGAUGCUUUCCAGAUUCUUAAGCCUGAGCUGGAAGUAGAUCCCGAGUCAAACCCUCAUUUUGAUGAAGGUAUGGGCAUCAAUAAGGCUAAGCUUCUGAGGCCUAAGCGGAUGUCUUUCCAGUUUGUUGAGGAGGGAAAAUGGUCCAAGGAUGCUGAAUCAAUAAGACUAAGGCAUCAAUUUGGAGAAGAAAGAGCAAGAGAUAUGAAGGCCAGACAAGCACUUCAUGCAAAGGCUAAAGCUGCUCCUGACGUGAAUCCUAAUCUUAUAGAGGUAGGAGAGAGAGUUGUGACCAAAGAGAAGGCAAAGGACCCAAUUCCUGAAAUCGAGUGGUGGGAUUUGCCUUUUCUUGUUGGUGGUGUCUAUGGUGAUUUCGAGGAUGGCAUUGUACAAGACAAUCAAUUGAAGACGGAUAAGAUCACAAUCUAUGUGGAACACCCACGCCCUAUUGACCCUCCUGCAGAGCCAGCUCCUCCACCACCACAGCCUCUGAAGCUGACCAAGAAGGAACAGAAGAAACUCCGAACCCAGCGCCGUCUCGCUCGUGAGAAAGACAGGCAGGAGAUGAUCCGACAGGGCCUGCUCGAACCGCCAAAACCGAAAGUCAAAAUGAGCAACCUAAUGAAAGUUCUCGGUGCCGAAGCGACGCAGGACCCCACAAAGCUUGAGAAGGAAAUUCGCAGUGCGGCUGCAGACCGUGAGCAAGCUCAUAUUGAUAGGAACAUUGCGAGGAAGCUCACACCUUCUGAGCGACGCGAGAAGAAAGAGAGGAAGCUGUUUGACGACCCGAAUACCGUGGGGACCCUGGUUUCUGUGUACAAGAUAAACGAUCUGUCCCACAAGAAGACCCGAUUCAAGGUCGAUGUGAACGCGAGCCACAACCACUUGACUGGGUGCUGUGUUAUCUCCGAGGGAAUUAAUGUUGUGGUUGUUGAAGGUGGGAGCAAAGCGAUCAAGCGGUACGGGAACUUGAUGCUUAGGCGUAUAAAUUGGGCCGAGGCUGUGAACGACGACGAGGGUGAAGAUGGUCGAGAUGACGACGACGAGGAUAAACCACGUAACAAUUGUGUGUUGGUGUGGCAGGGAAUUGUUGCUAAACCUAGCUUCAACAGGUUCACUGUACACGAGUGCAUGACUGAAGCUGCUGCCAGGAAGAUAUUUGCUGAUGCUGGUGUCGUCCAGUACUGGGAUCUCUCGGUCAACUUCUCGGACGAUCAGGUCUGAGGCAGAGCCAUUGCCCGAGCUAUUAGUUGGUAUCGUAUCUCUUGCAUUUCUGUUGAGGAGAGUUAACGUGAUGAGUUGGAGCUGUGUUGUGCUUGGUUGGUUUGGAUGCACAAUCUCUUCUGGAUGUUUGUGUUGUAUGUGCGGCAUUGGUGUCUGUCUACGAAGUGUGUGAUUCAUCCUAGCCUACACUACAUGUUUCUCUGGCAAAUUGUUGCUUGUAGUUUGAGUGCUUUAGGCCCUGUUGACUUCCCAUUCUGUUUCCUGUUGCCACAGCAAGAAUUUGGAAACGAAAAGGAAAAAACUCGUGUUCACUUUGUCUCCUUUUUUAAUUCAUGCCAAUCAUUCUGGACUGCUUUGCUCACUGCCAUGUCUUUAUUAGAAACUGUAGCUGGGUCUGAGAUCGGGUUCUCCGUCUCUUGCUCUUCUUCACUCUGUUUAUGAAUGGUAUUUGUGGAUCCCUACUGCUAAUUAACGUAAGCCAACUGCUAGCAGGUUGGACGAGUCUUUGUAUUGUUUGAACCUUGCUUUCUGUUUUGCCCAGUUCAGGUAUGUCACUUAUUCCCAAGUGGCUGGUACGCGUGGAUCGAUGUAAGCACUCGAUACACUGCGAUAACGGCAGUAUGUCUGUCUACUCGAAUCCGUCCAAUACUCGUAACAUUAGUAUGUGUGCCUUCUCUUCCAUUUCAUUCUCCUAUGUACCCGACGACAGCAGAAUCGAAAGUCGCUGGUAAUGUAUGUCGAACCGUGAUGAUGGAAGGUAUGAUACGAUAAGGGCAGGUAACUUCAUGUUGGACGGCAGAACGGAAGAAGGGUGUCCCAAUUUGUGGGAGACGAGAACUGCAAUACAACAGAAAGUUGACUUUUCUGUUAGUGGGUGCUCGAGUUUUAGCCGAGCGACCUGUUUUUAGCUCGCCAAUCGCUCCAAUUCCGUUGAAUCGUCUUUGCGAGGGCUUGGGGGUCGAAAUCAAUGGUUUUGGUAAAUAGUAGCUGAGGAAAAGCGGGGUGCAAGUUAGUUUAUGGGUUGGUGAAAGUGGUGAUGUAGCUAGCCCACAUCUACAAACCAACUACCCGACCCGACCCCCCGUUUAUUUUGCGUUAUUAAAUUUAUAAUAAUCUUGUUUAACUGAUCGCUUUCUUGUUGGUUUCCUCUUCAUUCUAUCUAUUUCUCCUUUCCACAUAGGGUCUUCCCUCUUGGUUCUUAGUGCGGGCUAGGGAUGGCGAUGGGUCGGGUUUUGCCAAACCCAAACCCAUGGGUUUAUUCGUGAAAAAAACCCGGGUAAAACCCACUGGGUUUGAAAAACUCAAACCCAACCCAACCUGCUGGGUAUCCAUGGGUUCCCACGGGUUUUUGUCGUAAAAAAUUCACAAUAACAAAUUCCUAUCAAAAUUAAAGUCAAAUAUCAAUCUCCCAAUACAAAUUAUCCAUAUAUAAAACACCAUUCUAGAAAAUUCAAACAAAUCACAAAUUAACUAUACAAAUUGUUCAACACCAAUCUAGAAAACUCGAGAAAAUUGAAGCAAAUCACAAAUUAUCCAUUAAUAACAUGAUUAAUUGAAAGCUUCUUCCUUUCAAUUAAGUUUUUCACUCUCCGCUCGAUAACAUCAACUUCAUACUACAUAACGAGAAAGAAAAAAUUAGGCAUGUCUCCACAAACAUAAAUAAGAUUAGUUGUUUAGA